UUUGCAACAACUCAUUACCAAGCUUUGUUCUCGUCACUCUCGUUUCAUUUUCUUGAUCUCGUGAAUCACGAGCUCUAGACUUUUGCUAUUUCCUCUCUGUAACAUCUAAGCACUAGCUAGUUUUAUUCUUCUUGUUAAAAAUUAAAAACGAGAAGGAUGGAGAAGAUAUGGAAUUGCGUAUAUGAGUUAAGGCCAUUGAUGUUCAUGGUGACGGUUCAGGUGGUUUUCGCCGGCGUGAAUGUGCUGUACAAACUGGCUGCGAACGAUGGGAUGAGUUUAAAGGUCAUUGUUGCCUAUCGCUUCGUAUUUGCGGCGGUUUUUAUGGUGCCUCUUGCCCUCAUUGUUGAGAGAAAGAGGCCAAAACUGACUUGGACUGUUCUUCUUCAAGCAUUUCUUUGUGGCUUAUUGGGGUAAUUUUUUAUUUUUAUUUUUUUAAUUUUCUUAUUUAAAUUAAAGAUUUUGGAGCAAUUUGUAUAUUUAAACAAACAUUAUUUUUAACA